CGCGAGAAUGAGAGAUGGACAGCGCGAGACGGGAGCGACAGCAAUAACAGGAAACUCGGUGGCGCUUUUAACGCUGAUGCUGCCGGUGACCAGCGGACCCCUCGACAAGACCCAAAUAAAACACGACAGGAAAGCGACGGACCGGGAGAUGCUUUCUGACUGACUAUUUCAUCCCGAAACCAUAAUUGAAUGCAAAAGGCGGCAAUGGAUUCCCCUUCGGAUCGAUUUCAUCAGCAGCCCUCCCAGAUGUGUCCCUUCGAACUGUAUCGCAGCUUGCCAGAUUCCAACCCCUCAAGCCACAGAUUUUCCCCCGGCAGUCUGUCUUCCCACCCGCUCUUCUCCCCUCUCAUGCACCCCAACAGCGUGUCCCAAAGGUGGGGUAGUUUCCGACAGCGUCAGGGCUUGUUCCCUGGGCUUCUGGUAGAUGAUGAUGUAAGUGAAGAGGACAUGUUUGGGAAGAGAGAGUUUGCCGUUAGGGCUACGCCAUCAUUGCAGCGCUGUCCGGAAGAACGGGGACAACGUUCGGCUACUGAGCCUGGAGACUGGGGGCAGGAUUUUGCUAGAGUCAGGAGACUCAGGAUGGACUCGGCAGCUAGAAGUGAAGAAGAAAUGAGGAGAGAAGGCAAGAGGGGGAGGAAGAGCACUGCCUCGGUUAGAAUGGACGAGAAGAAGGCAGCAGAACAAGGGAACAGGAGGGAAAGCAGGGAAGGUAGGAAACGACAGCGGCAAGAACUGAAGCUCCAGCUGGAGGAAACCAGAGGGAAACUUCUAGAACUCCAACGCAAGGUGUGGAAAGUGUACGGAGGGCAGGCGGAUGACGAGAAAGGAGGAGAGGAAGAACAAGAGAACGAACCGAUCAAUCUCGAUGAGGUUGCAGAGAUGUUUUCCGACAGCGAUGAUCCGCUAAUUGGCAGUGGUUUUUCACCUCCGCACUGUUCGUCUAAGAAACCCAGUGAAACUAAUGGCAAUGCCGGGAUGUUUCCAGAGACCUCUGUGGACCUGGAUUUGGAGUUAAAUGGUGAUCAGGUGUGGCUGGGAUGCAGCCUGAUCAGAGGUGAGUGGGAGAGCGCAGAAGGAGGUCAGAAGUUUGCUCAAGCCCUAAAACAGGAGCUGGCAAAUGUUGUGGCUCAAGUUAUUGACAGAGUUGUCCGUCUCUAUGCCGAAACCGACCCCUCAGCAGUCACAGUGUCCAAUGUUCCCAAAGAAACCAGCAUGACGUUAGAUCUAAACCCAGACCAGAGGCCGAGACCUCAUCUGUCAGAGCAGGUGGAAGCAUUGCCACUUCUCACAAAGAGUCCUCAAGACAAGAGGGCCCCUAUUGCUCAGAGUGUGCCCAAGGACCUCCUCCUCCCUCGAGCAAAUGCGAGCCUCCCUCCACUACCCCAGCCUCCUCUCCCGGCACUAUUACCUCCUAGGAGCAAAGACCACUUCCUACCCUCCUAUCCCCCAGACAACCCCGUUCCCCUGCCCCUUCUUCACUACACCAUGCAGAAUCUCUUCGCCCGCUCCCUCUCCAGUUUGCCUCUUCAUAAGGACUGCCUGUCUGAAUCUUUCAUGGACUUCCGUUCACACAACUCUGCGUUCCCACCCCUCCCUUUGCUGGGCCAGCUAGAACCCCCUCCGUCAGAUAGAGCGAGAGAAGGGGGGAUGAGGGGAGGCGGAGCAGGAGUGGUAGAUGGAGGAGAUGCAGCACUCUAUCUUGCUGCUGGGUCAUCUCAGGAAGGUCUCUCUCCGUGCCACCUGAAGAAAGCCAAACUCAUGUUCUUCUACGCACGCUACCCCAGCUCCAGCACACUCAAGACAUAUUUCCCUGAUGUCAAAUUCAAUCGCUGUGUCACUUCCCAGCUGAUUAAGUGGUUCAGUAACUUCCGGGAGUUCUUCUAUAUCCAGAUGGAGCGCUUUGCCCGUCAGGCAGCCAGAGAGGGGCUUGCAUCUGCCAGGGAAAGAGCACUCCGCCUGGGCAGAGACACUGAGCUCUACCGAAUUCUCAACAUGCACUACAAUAAGAGCAAUGAUUACCAGGUUCCAGAGAGGUUUGUGGAAGUGUCUGAAGUGGCCCUGAGGGAGUUUUUCACUGCCAUACAGAGUGGUCGGGAUGCUGAUCCGUGCUGGAAGAAGGCCAUCUACAAGAUCAUCUGUAAAUUAGACAGCCCGGUGCCUGACAGCUUCCGUCUGCCUGGCUGCCCCACGGACACCUACCGGAUGGGUUAAACAGAGUUUAUCACACACACAUGCACACACAUCCAUACCACAUGAAACACUGUGCACGGUUUGAUAUCAUGAGUGUGCACAGAGCAGUUAACAAGUAGUGACAAAGAACCAAGAAGGAAAUACUAAAUUGUUCUGUAAAGAUUGAGAACACUGAAUAAAUGGUUUAUUAUCAUUA